AUGUUUGUCACCAACCACAUCUUGACGGCCUACGGGCCACUUACUCUUGGCGGUCUACGGACCACUUCUCUCGAUGGCUCAUUACUAACUACAUCUUCUUGGUCUAUGGACUACCUGUUCUCGACGGUCUACAGACCACUACCUCCCCCCAACGAUAAGCGCUUUUAUUUUAUACCCGACGUCGCUGACCCCAGUUCAUUAGGAUUUGACCCUCACCAAGAUUUCACCCCACUCCCGCCAUUCACGACGACAAGCACCGUUCUCAUAUCCCCCAUGUCAAACUAACCUUCUUGUAACACAGGUCGAGGCUCUCAUGGUCUGGCGUCCAAUGCAGGUCAUCCUCUGUUGCAGCCCAUUCUCAUGAUCCGAUGCUCUAAUAUAAACAUCGGAUACGACAUGGGCUUCGUUCAAGUGUCUGUACGAUUUCAGGACCCAUGGAUCCCAGGCACUCUUCGUACAUGGCCAUUGCGAUCCGUCUGUGCGAGGAAUGCGGAUUCUGUCGGGUGGAUCUGGGAGCUGAUUCUUGGGACAGUUCCUGGCCUGGAGUACGGACACCUUGAAGCGGUUAGGAUGUCAUGACAUUAGUGCGACAGCAUGGGCCCGGGGUUUCCCUGAUUUUGAAACAAAUGUAUAUAUAACGCUUCAAUACAAUGG